GCACCGAUUUCUUCGAGAGGAGCUCAAAGGAAUGAGUAUCGAGAGAGUGGACGACAAUACCUUCAAGUGCUACGUCCACAAGCUCAAGUUCUUCGCCUUCGAAGUUUGUCCGGUGCUCGUUGUCACCGUCGAAGAACAGCCCGAUGGUUGCAUCAUCAAGCUCUUGUCAUGCACUCUCGAAGGUUCUCCGAUAGUAGUCGCGCAGAACCAAAAGUUCUCAGCGUCCAUGGAGAAUAGAGUGUCGUGGAAGAACAGCGGCAGAUCACCGAAGACCCGGAAGCUCAUCUCGGAUGCAACCAUCGAGGUGACGAUAGAGGUGCCUUUUGCCUUUCGAGCUAUUCCAGUCCAAGCGAUAGAAUCGACCGGGAACCAAGUGCUCGGCCAAGUCCUGCGCGUCAUGCUUCCUCGAUUUUUGAGCCAGCUUGAAAAGGACUACCGUGCGUGGGCCUCGGGGGACAGAUCCAGACGUCCACUCGGGACGGGCCAGCUCUAGCUCCCUGUACAGCUCUCUUCUCCUUGAAAUCUUAUCGGCAGCCGCUUGUAUGAUGAUCACUUCAGCCAAGCCAAGCUGGUUUGCUCGGUUUUGUA